AGAUACCAUAACUGUAUUGAUUAAUGGACUAAAAAACAAAAUGGCUUACUACAAACAUUUAUUAUUUCCUACACGAAAUAAAUGAAAUGAGGACAAAUAUUUUUAAGUAAUGUGAACAUUCCUGUUUGGAGUAAUGAAUCCUCUGAUAAUAGUUUAUUUACUGCAAAUAGCAGUUUCCCCGUCGUUGCAAGUAUGUUCGAGUGUUCCGGAUGCCUUAGAUGGUGUCUGGACCAGCACAAGUUUAGAAACAAUCACUAUAUCGUCAUCUGCAAUGACUCUUUCCAUGACGAAAACGUUUCACUCUUCGCUGUCAGGUAGCAACUUUGAAUGUGUUUUGAAUUCUGGCACACAAUACGUCUUUAAGAUGAAUGAGACGGUGCCAAUCUUAAGUGGAACCCUCCAGGUCUACCCCUACGGUUGUUUUGACUUCAGGCAAGCCGGCACAUACUCGUAUUAUUUCUAUCUUAAUUCAGCUGAAGAAAUAACGUUAGGUGAUUUAAGAUUCAAGGCAGUAUUGUCAGGAAGCGUUGACACUAUCACCUCUCUCACUGAUAUAUGUGAUUCAUCUACAGUGGAUACGGCAGAGUUUUACACUAUGAUAAAAUCAGGUUCUGAGUCUGAAGCUAUAUCAGCGGUGCAGUGCCCUGACAAUAUCCUAGGUUUAUUCCAGUACACCUACACUGAUCAGACCGGCACGUACUGUGAAUCUGUGAACACAUCUACUGUUAUAGCCUGCAGUAACCAGAGCUAUGCUGAAUUAGAAAUUGACAAUACAGGAUGUACUACAAAGGAACCUUUUUAUUCCGCUGGCGGCCAGGUAGGAUGUAUUGCAAACGUAUACAAGUCCAGUACUGAUACAUACUAUACCUCGUACUACAACAGGGAUACGUCUUUAUCAACAACUUCCUAUCAGUUCACAUGUGUGGCUAUGCAGAAGACUUCAAAUGGAACUGUGUUCUUGAGUUUGAUGCCGACAGAUUGUGUGUCUGGGCAAUCCGCUACUGUCAUGCCUACAAAAGGGACACUCCAAGGUGCCACUAUGGUGUUAGAACCAACAUAUACAUGUAAAGAGAAAUAUUUUGCACACUUGCAGUGAGAUUUGAUGAUGCACAUGGAUAUAUAUGAAGAGAAUCACAUAAAUAUUUAACAUUAACGCAUGUAAUUCUUUAAUUAGCUGCACAGAAGACAAACAUUGAAAUGUUAUUUAUAAAGAGCAAACUGAAAUGUUAAUUUGCCUAACUAAAUAUUUUAAGAGUGCUAAAGAAUUUAUGCAAUGAGUUGUUGAGAAUAUUUAUGCAACGAGUUAGUGAGAAUAUUUAUGCAAUGAGUUAGUGAAAAUAUUUAUGCAAUGAGUUGGUGAGGGUAUUUAUGCAAUGAGUUGGUGAGGGUCAGCACAAGAAUCAGCAAUCUGUAAACUAUGUACGAGGUACUAAUCCAUGUUUUGUUAAAAUGAGCACCAUGGUAUAUGUUAUUUUCAUUUCUAUUUUUGUUUUGAAACUUUGCAACGUAAUUCUUACCUGCACAAGAAAGAAGAAAAUGGCCCCUCGGGGAUAAACAGCAUGUGUGAAGUGUAUGCACACGCCUCUCAACCUUAUAGUGUUUGUUCUGUUGCUUUUUGAUAGCGUUAUAAGCGUUCACUUCAACACAUUUGAUUUUAUCUGGAUUCUUGAUGAAUUUUGAUAUUACGAUUGUCAUUUUUGUAUUUCAUUUGCCAAAGUCAUCUUAUCCAUUUUUGCUUUCAAAUAUUAUACUGAUUUGGUUUCAUUUUCCCCCUUGAAAUCAGUAAGAACGAAUCUCACUUUAGAAUAUUUAUAAAUGUUUGCGAAA